GUAAUUUUUACCGUUCUUCUCCUUUUUUUGAGAAUAUUACUUCCUCAUUAAAAAAAAUAACAAAGAAUAUUGAAGCAUUUAAUAAGAUUUUCAUUUUUUUUUAAAGAAAAGAGUUGAAUCACUAUUUCUAGACCCUAUUAUUUUCCAAUUCAUUCAAAGAUAAACAUGAAUACACAUUUUUGGACAAUACUAUUUUAUACAUUCGUAUAUUUAUUUCCAAUAAAGCAUGCAGCACAACUUGAAUUCGGUUAUGCUACACGUAUGCUACCAGAAUUUGGCGGUGGAUUCCCUAUACAAGAGCGUUCAAUACGUAUGUGUGGUGAUGACUUCUUACAGAAUCUUAAACGUGUUUGUGCAAUGCGCGGAAUUUAUACACCAAUAACACGUCAAAGACGAUCACCACAAAGAGUCUAUGAGAUAGAAAGAUUACUACAUCGGAAUAAACGUUUCGAUGAUCUUUGCACUCUAUACGCAAUCUACGAACCGGAUCAAGUUGUUACCCAGUGUUGUUGCAUCGGUUGUACACGAAAAUACCUCGAGCAAUUUUGUAAUCCAAACUAGAAUGAAAAGAUGAGCAGUGUGUUUUGUGAUGUUGAACAAACCCAAAACAAACACGUAUAAAUAAUUACGAUAACAAGAAAAAGAAAAGAAAUAUUUUAUUGUAUUUUAUUUUUAAAACUUAACACUUUAGAGAGAAAAUAGCAA